AUGCAUACAACAUCUGAAACUACUGGUCAGAAAUUAGCACAUACAACAGCUGAAUUAACAACCAAUUUAGUAACUGAUAGAAUACGUCAAAAUAAUCCAACAACAAAUAGUAAUAUGCCAACUACAUCAACAACUAUAUCUAAUGUUAAAAAACAAACUCGUGAACCAGUUGAUCGUUUAGAAAAAUAUAUAUUAGAAUAUUUAAAUAAAUGUACUCAACAUGUUAAAACAUUAGCUGAAAAUCGAAUAAAAUUAGCUAAAGCACAAAUGGAAGAAUUUAAAGCUUUAGAAGAUUUUCCAUAA